AUGCAGGACGAAGAUGUGACAAGAAAUUUCCAGUAAGUGAAGGGAGAAUAAGCCAACAGUAGCAUAGAGAGAAGAAAAGGAACAAUAAUAAGGAAGGAAGGAAGGAAGGAAGGAAGGAAGGAAGGAAGGAAGGAAGAAAGGAAGACAAACCUAGGGUAGAAGAGUACCUGGAUGUGAAUCAUGAAAGGAAAGGUUUGGUUGGUGGAAAUCUAGUUUUAUCCUUGAUCAAAAACUUCCAGCAGUUCUCAUGCUCUUCUAUUCAAGCAAAUACAGUGGUACCUCGGGUUACAUACGCUUCAGGUUACAUACGCUUCAGGUUGCAUACACUUCAGGUUACAGACUGCGCUAACCCAGAAAUAAUACCUCGGGUUAAGAACUUUGCUUCAGGAUGAGAACAGAAAUUGUGCUCCGGCGGCACGGCGGCAGCGGGAGGCCCCAUUAGCUAAAGUGGUGCUUCCAGUUAAGAACAGUUUCAGGUUAAGAACGGACCUCCGGAACGAAUUAAGUCCUUAACCCGAGGUACCACUGUAAUCAUAGAAUUGGAAGGGGUCAUCUAGUCCAACCCCAGGCAAUGCAGGAAUAUUUUGCCCAAUGUAGGGGUCGAACCCAUGACUCUAUUCACAUACCAUCAGGGCUGUUCUUCCACAACUGCUUAUAUUUAGCCAUAUAUGCAUAUAUGUUUUCAAUAGCUUUUAAAUGUUAUGAAUAUGCUUUUCUUUUUAAUUCCAUUGUCACCGAUAUGUUUACCACCUUCCUUUGGGAUGAAGAAUGGGAUAUAAAUUUAAUUAAUAAUAAAUGUAAUACUGGGCUUUAUCAGAGUAGACCCACUGAAAUUAAUGGGCAUAACUUAGUCAUGUCCAUUAAUUUCAGUAGGUCUUCUCCUUGUAGAACUUGGUUGGAUAACACCCAUGGAGACCUAGCUGAAAAGGAAAGUAUAAAAGUUUUGUCUUCUCCUUCCAAAGCUCUCACUUUUCUUAAUAUGGAAGUUGGCAGUAUAGUGGUCCAUGCUGCCCUAUAACAGGUGGGCAAGAGAAUGGCAAAGGUCACUGGAAGGAAACUGCCCGCGCCAAACUUCAGCACGAGUUCAGCUAGGGUUGUGAUAUUUCAGUUGAGCUUUCUCCGCUACAUUUCGGAAAUUCCCCCCAGCCAUCAGUUCCACCUUUGAAAUCCCGGUAAAGUCUGGGAAAAUCCAGACAUAUGUCAGCAGCCCCAAUUCAGCCAGCUAACACAACUUGUGUGUUUGUCUUCCGGACCCACUGAGUUUAUCAGCCCAGAACAUUUUACUUCUCUGGCAAUAUUGCAUUAAUGCACACGAGAUAAGGGAUCAGAGGGUAGACGAACACAACACUUUGGCCUCACCUGCACUAUGCAUUUAAAUAAGUAUCAUACCUUUUUAAACAGUUAUGGCUUCCCCCACUUGGCUAUAUUUUACGAACACACAAGUUCCGGGUAAAUUCUAUUUUACAAGGAAAUUUUUGCGUGGUGUUGACAUUUAGUGGGAAAUCUUUUAAGGGUAGCAACUGAUAGAUAAUGUGAUAAUAACUGAAUGAUAAGCUACUUUGCAAGCUUCUUCUUUUUUUAAGUUUCCUAUUGUUGACAUAGCAGUUUGGGGAAAAGUUAUCAGUAGGUUAUCAGUAGGUUAUAUCAAUAGGUUAUUAUAAAACGGUGUAGAGCUUGGCAGUUUCUGUUGUAAGAUCAGCUCUCCCCAUAGCUUUGGCUUGCAACCUUUCCAGCCUAAAAGUGACUUCUGUAUCUUCUUAAUCCAUAACUAUUUAAUACUAUUUCCAUUAAAAAAAAAACCUUCUAAGCAACGGGAGGUGAAAUUGGGGGGGGGGGGAAAUGGAGCUAAAAGAACUUGCUGUCAUUAUAAAUUGUGGAAAAUGACAGAUUAGAAACAUGCUCUACUCUGGACAAAUAUGGCAUAAAAUAUAUAUUAUAUAAAUAUAUAUUUACACUUAAUGCUUUUCAGUAUGGGACAAUGUGGUCUUCUCAACUGCUUAGACUUUAGUCAAGGUAAGAAUAUACUGUCUAACAUGUAUUAUUAUUAUUAUUAUUAUUAUUAUUAUUAUUAUUAUUAUCAGACAUGUUCCAUUUCAUCUGCUUCAGAUCCUACUUACAGGAGUCUAUUUCUGAAAAUGCUUUAACAAGAUCCCAAGUAAUACCAACACAGAUGGACAUACAGGCGACCAGGAAUAUGAGAAUUACAGUGAGAUAACUGCCCUUGUGUAUAUUACAGAGUGCAUUAGCGGCAUUAGGAAUUCACAUGCAAUCCUUGAUUAUAAUAACUUGAGAGUGCAGUUCUGUUUCACCUGCAAUCAGGAAGCUGAGAGAAUUGUGUUCUGUUGUUUGUAAGUUUCCAAGAAAAAAAUGGAACCAUUUGGGCUUCUUGCUUGGAUAUUAUGAUCCAAAGGACUGGAUUGGCAUGUUAUAUUUUAAAAAAGAUCAAGUGUGCCAGCAAUUGGGAGAAAUGCCAUUCUAGAAAUAGGGUGAUAUAAGCAAGAAAACAGCUAAAGAAAAAUGAAUGGAAUGGGGGGGGGGGGGAUCAGCUUUGAAAGAUAGUAGCAGACUAUAAAGUUUUACAGCCAAAAAGCUAAGAUUUUCUUCUUAUUUUAUAUAUAAAAAAAGAUUCCCAUGGAAACCGGUAGCUCAGCAGUAAUUAAUAUUCUUAAUUCCCACUAUAAAUUACUAUUCAUUUCGUUUGAUGGAAGUUUCAUGUUUUCUGGACUUUGAACUUUUAUUACUAAGCUCAGGGUCUUUUAAAAAUAGCUUAAACCAACAAACAAAAGCAGAAGGAUGUGGUUUAUGUAUCUGUGUAUUUUAGGAUCCCUCAGUACUUUACAUUUUGUUCCUUCAGACUAGAAAUGGUUUUCUCCUAGAAAUGCUUGCUUUAAAUUAGAUUCUCCAGAAUAAUGAAUUGUGCUAACCGUAUCUGGUCAUUAUAAAAAUGUGUAAUUUGCACAGGAGGCAGACAGUGGGGUCAAGCAGUCUAGCUCAGUGCUUGAUGCCUGUUUUCAUUGCCUUCCAUGUGUUGGAUCAUGAUUCUGCAGCAGGGGGCUCUCUUGUAUCUGUGAAGAGUCCUCACACUUUUUGCAAUGAGGACCUAGACAGACUCAGGCCCUCACACCUCCAAUUUAUAAUAUCAGGUAGCACAAUUCCGAACGAUCUAGUCCUGAGAGAUGCUGCCAGUCAGAGUAGCCAGCGCAGGGUUAGAUGCAGUGCUUUUUUAUAUAGGAAAAAAUUGUGCCAGUACUCACCAUGAAGUUGUUAUAGCAAGUGCCACACUUUAAACAUUUUUGGGGGGAGGGGAAGGUGCCGGUACUGGAUACCCUUAAAUACCCCCAGGAAAAAACCACUAGUUAGAUGUAUUAGUUGUCUGACUCAAAUGUUAGGCAGCUUCAGAUAUUUUGGGGAGUGGGGGGCUGGAAGUUAAAGAUACGCUCCCAGUACAUUUCCGAGCACAAUUCAAAGUGUUGGUGUUGACCUUUAAAACCCUAAACGGCCUCGUCCCAGUAUACUUGAAGGAGCGUCUCCACUCCCAUCGUUCUGCCCGGACACUGAGGUCCAGCGACGAGGGCCUUCUGGCAGUUCCCUCACUGCGAGAAGCAAAGCUACAGGGAACCAGGUAGAGGGCCUUUUCGGUAGUGGCGCCCACCCUGUGGAAUGCCCUCCCAUCAGAUGUCAAAGAGAUAAACAACUACCUGACAUUUAGAAGACAUCUGAAGGCAGCCCUGUUCAGGGAAGUUUUUGAUGUGUGACAUUUUAAUGUAUUUUUACUCUUUGUUGGAAGCCGCCCAGAGUGGCUGGGGAGGCUCAGCCAGAUGGGCGGGGUACAAAUAAUAAUAUAUUAUUAAUUAUUUAUUAUUAUUAUUAUUAUUAUUAUUAUUAUUAUUAUUAUUACUAGCAACAAGAGGCGACCCACAGAAGCUGUUCACAAAUAAACUGGAGUGCCUGGUUACAUGCUAUUGACACAGUGUGGGCAAUUGAGUAUAGAUAAGCUCUCAGUUAAAAGCUGCCAGCACAGCCAUGGAGCUUACUUGAUGGCAAGUCACUGUAAUGGUUCAGACAUAGGUUGACACUACUUGAACAAAGGAGGUUAGGCCCCUUGGAAUCAAAGAAUCCUUGCUUUCCUUCCGUCCACAGCAGUUUCAUCUCAAGCUACCUGGUUUAAAGCAAACUAUUGCCAUUUUAUCAAACCAGUCAAGCACUCAACCUGCUAAUCAGAACUGGACACAUGGUUUUCAGUACCAAACAUUGCUUGCAGGGCAAACCAUUUGGGUGAAACUGCAAAAUACAGUUCUGCCUUAAAGCAGGAAGGGGUUUGCCACAUGUGGGGUGCACAGGCCUGGAGGUCUUGUCAGAUUGUAAACAUAGCUCAGAUCUAUGGUCUGGCUUUAUACCUGAAUUAUCUCACCAUCUUUCAGCCUAACCUGAAAAGAAGGAAUACAAAUGUAAUAGAUCAAUAUACUGAAGCAAAUGGAACUGAGUAAUUAUCCUUGUGCUUCUUUUUCAAAGGAGAAAUGAGGCAUCGUUUAUUCUUCACAGUUUUGGCUUGGCUCCCAGUGGGUGAGUUACUAUUCACUGCAAAACCCUUUGGAUGAGGACAGUCUGUUUGAAUAUAGGAUAGCUCUACCCCUUCAGGCAGCACAUUGACUCACAAUUUAAGGAAAAGAUAAUUUUGAGCAGCUGUCUAGAGUUUGAUGCCCCUCAGGAGCAUCUCAGGCAGCUCUUUCGGGAGAGUAUUCCUCAGUGGACUCCUUUAGGGUACAAGAAUGAACUGUGCAUGCAUACAUGGCAUGGAUAGGGAACCUGUGACCAUACAGCUGUUGUUGGACUCUAGUUCUCAUUAGUCUCACCCAGCAUGGCCAAUGGCAAGGGAUGAUGGAGCUGGGAGUCCAACAACAUUUGGAGAGUCAUAGUUCCCCUGCCACUGAGGUACACCAUCAUCUUAAAAGCAUCGUUUUUCCAACUCCACACCCAAAAUAGAAGAUCUGGGGUUGAAUGUGAGCAAAUUUUGAUUCACAAUUUGACUAAAGUCUUGACUAAAGAAAGUCUUUCCCAAGUAUCUCAGAUUACAUUAAAUCUGAAAAGAAAACAGUAAAAAUAUAAGAUUUUGUGGUUGAGAUGAGCCUUCCCAAACUUAGGACCUUCCAGGUGUUUGUUCCCAUCAGUCCCAACCAGUAUGGCUAAUGGUCAGGUUAAUGGGCAUUGUCAUCUAAAACAGGGCUUCCUAGCCUUUUUGGUAUGAAGACACACUAGUCCAAAUUUAUUUGGCAUGGCAUGGUGACCCUUUGAUUUAUUACCACUUGAAUUUUUGACCUUAAGUCUUCAGCCACCAUUAGUUUCAUGCAUUUUAACUGCAAGUUUGCCUAUUUUAUAGCCAUUACUUGAGGCAUUUACUUAAUAUCACUAUUAACGUGGAAUUCAUUGAAAUAUUUAUGGUACUUACAAAGUUAUUCACAGAACAUCAAUAAUCUGAUUGCUGGAUAUUGCUUAAUAUUCUGCUUUCAGAAAUUUAUUCUAAACAUGCAUGGUUACAUGAAGUGUUAGUUGUUGCUAACUGAAUUAUUUUAAAUAAUUCUAUUCAGUAUUAACUUUAUUUUGGCAAGAAUCAGUCAAUGACUAAGCUUAGCAUUUUGCCAAGAAGUAGUCAACAUGGGGUUUGAUGGUUGUUGGACAUGGCAACAUUUCUGAAAAAAAAUUCUGAAAAAAACUACCAAAUGGCAGCAAAACAAAUGGCAAACUACCAAAUGGCAGCAAAACAGAAAUGGUUUCAUUGAGUAAUAUUGGUAAUAUUAAGCCAAAAUUCGCAUAACUUUACUUCAAACAUUUAUCUUUGAGGUUCCUAUCACAUGACAGUUCAAUGCAUUGUUCUUUUUUCACAGACGAAAAUCACUUUGUGACAUCACUGUCAGUUUCAUUGGCAGAAAAGCAGUGGACAUAUUUGGACUAAGGAAACUUCCUAUCACUAUUACAGCUCACCUCUGAUGUGCAGGUGCUGCCUUUGGUGCAUGUGCAUCACAUGCAAGCUGCAAUAGUCAUUCAAAAACUCCCUCUGUGAGGAUCUUGUGGCAAACUGUCACCGAAUCUGCUGCCCAGCCACCAGAGAGUGGUUCUGAAUGUAAGCCUGAAGCCCUUCUGUUGUUCAGUUUCAAGUGUCAACACAGCACUAAAGUACACCAACAAAACAAAAAGUUAUAAGCAGUGAACAUCAUCUGGAAGACCAUAGGUUCCCCCCACCCAUGAUCUGGACCCUCCACCAUAGCAGCUGUUAGAUAGGAAUGUCUUCUGGUGGAAGCUGGUUGCUGCUAUUCUAUACCUUAUGAUUAUCUCUUUUCACAGCUUCCAGUUUCUGUGAGCGUAAUGGCCUCUCUGUCUGGGGAGGCACAGGCUAUGACUUCAAUUGCUCCUCCUUGUCAACUCCAGGUAAGCACCAGCCCAGCAGAAGCUAGUGCCUCGUAGAACUAGUAGGGUUGGAGGCAAGGACUCCAACUAGGUGGACUCGGCGGUGUAAGAGUCAAUAACAGACAGAGCCAGCUAAUUCUGCUUUUGUGACCCCCAUCUUCCUCCUCCCAUCUGAGUCCUACAACCAACAACCUACUCAACACAACUGGGAAUGAUCAGCCAACCAUAUAAGGCCAUGGCAAGAAAAGAAAAAAGAGUAGAAAGCUGUAUAUGUCCAGUUAGAAACAAGUCCAAUUAAGUUCAGUGAGGCUUAGCUCCAGGUAUAGGUGCAUAUACUGUACAGGAUAAGGAAAGCUUUUCAAGCAUAAUCUUAAAAGAUGUGGGAGAGGACAUUUUAGUUCCCAUUUAAGGUCAUUUCUUCAAACCUUGUUUUCUCUCUUUUAUAGCCGCCUCUGAUUUCUCAUAUUGUGGCCGGCCUUCGUGCACAUUACAUCCAGGUGAAUGUCUUUGAUUAUCCAUUACCCAUGUAGACCCCAAUACCAUACCCCCACACACAUUUUAGGAGAGAAAUUUUGGGAGGGAAAUUUGGUGCACUCCUCCCCCUCCAUCACCCACCCACUCCCUACCGCCAACCCCUUCCUUGCCCUUCCACUCACUGCCGCAAGCCACUCGCUCAUUCACCCCUUCCUACUACCUUUGUCCACUGUCUUCCACCUCCUCCUUUGCAGCCCUGGGAAAUGCCACACAGGCCAGCGGGACAUAUUGGGAGUUUGUCCCAAUCUGUGCAGGGUCAGGAGAUGCUGCACAGACCAAAACAUCCUCCUCCUCCUUCUCCUCCAGCACUGUAGACAUGCUUCCAGUAGUGCUGUGGCAGAUGGAGGAAGAGGAGAGGUAUUGCACAAGGUCAAGGAAAGGUUCCCCCCCCCAUUUAGUCCCAUGCUGUGGUAUGUGCCAAGUGACUUGAGCCAUAGUGUGGAGCCAAAACUGUCCAUCUUUUGGUCCCAUGCUGCUCUGCUGCAGCCAGAGCACAGGAGUAAAAAAUGGGACAUCCAGGAUUGGGAUCAGAAGCUGCGGUGGCUUCUGUCAAUAUAGAACGUCCCACUUAGAGGGUAUGCAAUCCUAUUAUAACUGGCAUUGCUACUGUCACUCAUGACAUACUGAAGUAACUGCCAGGCCUCCAGGACCUGUGCUAGGCCUGAUCAUCAUCAUCAUCAUCCAUUGCUCAGCAUUGACUGGCUAGAAAGAUCAAGACACCAUUUAAAUUUUUCCCUCAGCACUGGUCUGGGCUCCCUGGGGAGGGUUUAAAUUCAAUAAAUAAAUAUUGAUAAAUAAAUUGUGGGAUAUCACAUGCAGGCUACCUGGUGAUGAUCAGAGGAGCACAGGUACUGUGAGGUAAGCCAGCUUGGGGGUGGCUGCAGCCCUGGUGCAGAAGGGGGCCCUGCUAGUAGAAGGACUGUGCCAAAGAACUGUAGUGAUACCAAUGGUUUGUAGCUAGCACAAAUUCUUCUUGGUCUCUGCAGUAGCUUGUGAAGAAAUCUCAACAGCGUACCAUAUUUUCCAGUUGGCUCAGGCUGUAAUAGUCCAAUUGCGUAGAAAUGUAUGGUGGGGAACCCUAUUGCAUAGCUAUCAAUGUUUCCCUUUUUUAAAAGGAAAUUCCCUUAUUCUGAAUAGGAUUCCUCACAAGAAAAGGGGGAAAUUGACAACUAUGCCCUAUUUCCACUGGUAAAGACACUAGGGAAGUAAAGGUUCUUACUUCCCUUUCUGACUCAUGAAAAACAAAGCCCACCUCAGGAUUUCCCCCACCACCCAGAAUUCUUAUUCACCUAUACGUUACAGAGGGCUGAUAAGGACCCUCCAUCGUUCUGCCCGGACACUGAGGUCCAGCACUGAGGGCCUUCUGGCGGUUCUCUCACUACAAGAAGCCAAGUUACAGGGAACCAGGCAGAGGGCCUUCUCGGUAGUGGCACCCACCCUGUGGAACGCCCUCCCAUCAGAUGUCAAAGAGAAAAAUAACUACCAAACUUUUAGAAGACAUCUGAAGGCAGCCCUGUUUAGGGAAGCUUUUAAUGUUUAAUAGGUUAUUGUAUUUUAGUGUUUUGUUGGAAGUUGCCCAGAGUGGCUGGGGAAACCCAGCCAGAUGGGUGGGGUAUAAAUAAUAAAUUAUUAUUAUUAUUAUUAUUAUUAUUAUUAUUAUUAUUAUUCCUUGUCCAAAAUGAGAUAUCAAGGGCUACAGGUAGUUUAAAAAAACAUUUUGUCCAGGUAAUUCACAGGAAGCUCUAAAGUGAGUCAUAUUGUUCUGAAGGAAGGUAGAUAAUGUAGUGACAGAGAAGAUUAGAAUCUUGCAAGACUUUCACAUUGCAUGUCUGUCUUUUAAUCAACCAGUGGGUAGUGGUUCUUAGAAGCCACCCUCCAAUUCCUGUGAAUUCGCAGCCCACAUAUUCAAAAAGUGCUGAGGGGUAGCUUUGUUGAUAGAGCACAAGACUCUUAACCUCAGGGUCUUGGGUUCUUUCAGGGCUGGAGUCAGAUGCAGGUCAGCAGUCAAGGAAGCAGAUCUCCUCCGUAGUUAGUGAAGUUAACUCUUUAUUCAAGCAAACAAGCACACAACUCGACCUAAUGGUCUUAGCGACACUCCCCAGCAGGUCUUGUUGCCAGAACUGAAAGUCCCUGUCUCCCACACUUCUCCAAGGCUCCUCCUCUCCUGGAUGUUUCCCAAGCAGUCUCAAACUGCGCCUGCACACCUCAGACCUCUGUUCUGUUGUUCUCAUUAUUCUGUGAGUUCUUGAAGACCAAGGAGGAGGGGAGCUUGUCAUAGCAGGAGAGGGAGAGUCACUGGAUUCUUGGAUCAGUCUCUUGACACACACACCCCACCUCAUAGUCUGACCUCCUCCCUGUCACAGACUCUUCCUGCUCCUAAACCCUGCUGCCCCUUCAGCAUCCGGCGCUUCAUCCCAAUCUCCUCCCUGUGGCCUCCCCUCAGUGUCCCACCACCAUUCCCUUGGCUCUGAGCAUUCCUCUUCUGGGAUUUCCCUUGUGGGUUCCUCUGCUGGUGCUUCCUACCACCAUCAACGUUUCCCUUUUCUUGCGAGGAAUCCUAUUCGGAAUAAGGGAAUUUCCCUUAAAAAAAGGAAACGUUGACAGCUAUGUCCUACCACUCCUCUUCAUCCAGCCUGACAGGCUCAAGCCCCACGAUAGGUGAAGGAUCCCUGCAGUUCAGGGAGUUAGAGUAGAUGACCCUCAUGGUCCCUUCUAUGAAUCUAUGAAAUUAGAUGCAGUAGUAGCAGCUUAUUUGCCAGGAGGUCAGGUGAGCAUCUCUGCUCCACCAUACUAUUUGCUAGCGGUGACUCUUAUGUCUACUGGCCACAAUCUUCAAGAUAUACUUCUUCACCCCCUGAUGGAUGUGGUUGCUUGUUUUCAUUUUUCAGAUUGGCAUGAUUAUCUGACAUGCUACUACAUCGAAGACAAAUUGAUCCUGAAUUGUUCUUGGUUGCCCCUACCCCAUGCAACAGAUUCUCUUGUGUACACUGUGUUUUUAAAAUGGUAAGUCAAGGGAGAGGGAAUUGGGAAAUCAACUGCAAUAUGCACCAGAGGUUUGUUUUAAAAAAGAGUUUCAGAGGAAAUAUUUUCCUCAAGAUCUUAGCAGGUGAGGGGAAAGGUUAAAGGUCCCCUCCAUAUCUCCUGUGGUUAGCAUCCCCAGCUGAUGCAAUUAUUAUUUUUGAGAAAACGUGCUGGUUAAACGCAAUGAUGCUUUUAACAUCACAUGCAAUUGGGGUCUCACUCUCCUAGAUAUAUGUCUGCAGGAGUCUAUGUUGUGGAGGACUGCCAGCUACCAGCAUAGUGUACAAGAUUUAGCAGUAAAGGGAGACCAAGAUAAAAUUGGAUGGCAAAAUGUAAAGCUUGCUAGAAGCAGAAGCAAACUAUCACAACUAAAUGGGUUUCCCUACUUCCCUUCUCCAAUAACUAUCCUGUUUCCAGCUGAGCCCUUGUAAAACUCAUCACAGAGAGAGCAAUGCACCUAAGCAACGCACAUGUUAGAUCACUGGCAAAGAAACAAAAGCCAAUCUUCUGUCCUGAACCCCCGGCCUACCUGGCGUCAAGUCCUGCUGGCGUAUAUAUUACGUCAAGUCCAAAAGUCAGGAAACACAGUCCAGAGUCAAACCCAAAGCACAGUCCCAUAGGGAUCCCGGAGCAUCCAAGGUGAGCCCCAUCAACAUGGCAGUUGAGCAGUCACAGCACCUCAGCUCUGCCUCCAUUUUGUACUUUGCCUGCUGAUGGCAGCAUUUGGGCUUGACAAGGCAUGUGACCCUCACGUGCUCCAAGCCUCUUCCAGCUCAGGAAUCACACACCUUCUCCCUGAGCUGACGAGCCCCACCUGGGCUAUGGCCCCUUGCCUGCCUCAGUCUCCCUCCCACUGCUCCCCACGCCUCAGAGCCCGCCUUGUUCAUGGAGAUGGGGGCCUCUCUGGCUCUGAUGAGGGCUCCUGAUCUUCUGGUCCCUGGACACUGAACCCCAUCCCCUCGCCAUCCUCUGUCAUCCGGUGUGUACUUUCCACAACCCCAGCCUCUCCCUUCCCAUCCCCCUCAGUGGGUCCCAGUCGCAGCUGCCCCCCUCGUCAGGGUCCUCUUCCUCCUCCCCUUUGUCCUGCCAGUUCAUGACACUUCUCAUACACAUAGAACCAGUCCCAGAUAAUUCACAAAGUUUCUGUAAGCACACAAUGGUUAUGUGAGGCCUGAAAGUAUUUGUGUACUGAGAGCCGAAUGUUACACCUGUGUUAAUUACAUGAUAGGGGAUUUUAACCUUUUAAUUCUGGUGCCAGUUGCAAGUGUUUCUGUCUCGCCCCAGGAUGAAUAGCAGCGUGAGGGAGGGGUAUUUUUUUCUGGGGCUACAUACCCCCCAACAGUCCCUAUUUGGCCAGGACAGCUAUGGUUUUCUUCUCUCUGGGAAGAAAGAAUACUUGAAGCUAGUUUUCGUGGGUUUGCUUUUCUUUGUAGCUUCUAAAAUCCCUCUGUAGAAGGCUUCCUUUUUAAAACCCAUCUAGAGUCCAGCCCACUCUUGCCUUGAGUGGUGUGUCAGCCAUUGCCCACAAAUAUCCACAGCAAGAACUUCCCACUCCUUGUCCAUGGCUGGACAAGAGCAACAAAGAAAGACAAAAGAAAAAGAAGGUGUCAAUAAGACACAACUACUUCUUCUCUCCCUUUCCCAUUCCUGAGGUAUCUCAAGCUUGGGAGGGUGCAGGUGGAUCUGGUAGCCUCUCCCAUCUUUCUCCUCCUUACCAGCCAGCACAAGCAGCAUUCAGCAUUCUCCAGUAAACAAAUAACCAGUAUUUAAUUUAACCAAUAAAUAAAUACUUAACAAAUACAGUGGUACCUCGGGUUAAGGACUUAAUUCGUUCUGGAGGUCAGUUCUUAACCUGAAACAGUUCUUAACCUGAGGUAACACUUUAGUUAAUGGGGCGUCCGGCGGGCACUGCGCCUCCACUGCACGAUUUCUGUUCGCAUCCUGAGGUAAAGUUCUUAACCUGAGGUACUAUUUCUGGGUUAGCGGAGUCUGUAACCUGAAGCAUCUGUAAGCUGAAGCAUCUGUAACCCGAGGUACCACUGUAAAGGUUUAAACCAUGAAACAGAACCAUUUUUUUAAAAAUCCCUUGCUGCAACUUCAAGUCACAUAAUUAAGGAAACAUGUAGUUAGGCCCUGAGAAGACUGUUCAAGUGGGUCACUUGGAUAGUGUUGUGUAUGGGCUUCACGCAAACGCCAGCAGAAGUGGUGCAAACAUUACCUCUUAAUGACAGUGUCACUUUUUUAUUAGAACAAACUGUUCCAUCUGACCCAUAAAUAACCUCAGCGCUAAUCAGUCCUUUUAAACUUUUCCUCUUUUCUUUCUUUUUUGACAAUGUGGAUGACUCAUUCAGAAUGCUGGUUUGUGGUUGUGUUUAAGUGAAGGGUGCAGUUGCUUCUUCAGAGACACAAGGGAAAUUCUGCCUUUCAGCCCUUUUGCUCUGGCCUAGACUGUCUUGUUUCGGGGGUUUUGGUUCAGUUUUUCCCCUGCUGACUAGUGCCAUCAAGUGGUGCCUGGGAAUGUUUUCGUAACAGAGUGAAGAACAAACAGUGAAGUCUCCCUGUAUUGCCAAAGUCUCUCUAGAAAGAGAAAAUACUGCAUGGCUAACUGGCUUGAGAAUUUUCUUUUUAACUGGAACGUCCUCCCAGCAGACGUCAAGGCAAUAAGCAACUAUCUGACUUUUAGAAGACAUCAGAAGGCAACCCUGUUUAGGGAAGUUUUUAAUGUUUGGUGUUUUAUCAUGUUUUUAAUAUUCUGUCGGGAGCUGCCCAGAGUGACUGGGGAAACCCAGCCAGAUGGGCGGGGUAUAAAUUAUUUAUUAUUAUUAUUAUUAUUAUUAUUAUUAUUAUUAUUAAUAUUAUUAUUAUUUUUUAUUAUUAUUAUUAUUAUUAUUAUUAUUAUAAUAUUAUUAUUAUUAUUAUUAUUAUUAUUAUUAUUAUUAUUAUUAUUGACAUAACUGUUUAAAAAAACAACAACAAACAAACAGAUCCACUAAGUAUGAUCACUGGCUAUUAUCAAUUAUAUAUAUAUAUUUUUAAUGAAUCAUAGGCAGAACUAGGAUUGGCUAAGCCAGGGGAAGCAUCAGAGAUGGAACCUGGACAGAUUUGGUAAACUUAGUAUUUUAGCAGCUUUUGGGUAGAAGCUGGAAUCAUCUGUGUCAUGGUGGAACCUAACAAUCUGGGAGCUUUCAAAGAGCAUUGUGGAUAUAAGCUGAGGUGCUAAACAUGGUGGCCAUUCAUUUCAAUGCUGUGUGAGAGAGUAUAAAACAAAGACUGCAGUAGAGCAGGGAGACUCUCCAGAUCCCUUGGACUACAACUCCCAUCAUCCCUGACCGUUGGCCAUGUUGGCAAGGUAGGACUGAUGCACAUUACAGUCCAAGAACAUCUGAAGGGCACCACAUUGACUGCUCUUGAUUAGUAGAGAAAAUUUAAGACCCUCUCUCUUUAAACUUGGACGAGGCUCCUUACCUUCAAAUCAUCCUUUUUCCCCCAUUUAUAAUUUACUGCAAACAUCUAAUGCAUGUCUAAAAAUAGUUUCGUGAAAAGGAGCACAAAUAUUAAUGUAGCAUUUUAAUGUUCCCAAGAGAAGGCAACUUUUAAAAGAAGAUUAUUUGGCUGCCAAAAAAUUGGUCUUUUGAUUGCAUACUUCAUUUUGUUUCCUAUCUCUCUGUGAAUUUGCCAUUUAUAGAUCAUCUGCUGUAUUAAAACACGGAACGUAUCUAUGACGCAUAUUGAGUUUGCUUUAUGCUUUCCUUUCCCCUGAAGGAAAUUGGAAACAAAACAACACUGUGAAAAGGUGGAAACGACCUUGCCUCUUUUAACAAGAAGAAAGCAUCAUAUUCGCAUUCAUGCAAACGUGACCAUAUGGGUAUCAGGCCGCUAUUCCCACGAGGGAUGUGUGACAACAAAGAAAAUUUCAUUCGUGCCCAGCAAAACAAGUACAUUACAUUUCUUCCAUAGUCUGAAGCUGCAGAUUUUAUUGUAAAAUAGUUCUGGUUUUGUUAUUGUAUUUUUUUUCCUAGGGCAGCAAACAUGUUAGCCAGCAAAUUCCAACACAUGCAAUUCUCUUUCAUACUCACAGUUACCAGGCAUAAUUUUAUGCAAGCCUGUCCUCCUACCCAGAUACAAUUUAUGUGGUGAGGCCUCACCACCACAUGGGGAAGAACUUUUUCUAGACCAUUGAAAGAACUGAGUAUAGUUAGCACAGAGAUGAGAAUAUUAAGCGGGGGUGAUAUAAUAGCAGUCAUCAUAUAACUGAAGGGUAUCUGGAUUUGUUCACAUUAGUGCCUUGAAACGCAGCAGGAUCCCACCCCUAGCUGUGUUUAAAACUGUAUUUGCACAGCUGUUCACUUCAGAGAUGGGGCUGGAAUGUCUUCACCUGGCAUGCAUGACCUUUUGGGUCCGUCCCCCAUUACCGCUUACUGUGCAUCCAGUUUUUGAAUUGGUUUGAUGGGUAAACCAUAUCAAGCAGCAGUAUUUGACAAUAAAUUACAGGAUCAAUAUGGGCUGCGGCUAUAACCUUUGCAGUGGAGCCCAUUCAAUCACCUCAAGUACAGAUCCCUGUGGAACGCCCUCCCAUCAGAUGUCAAGGAAAUAAACUAUCUGACUUUUAGAAGACAUCUGAAGGCUGCCCUGUUUAGGGAAGUUUUUAAUGUUUGAUGUUUUAUCUUUUUAAAUGUUUUGUUACGUGGAGUAUAAUUUAUUAAUUAUUAUUAUUAUUAUUACUAUUUGUUUUUAUUAUACUACAAUGCUAAUUUUAAGGCAUCCCCAUUAUAGCAUCUGCUAGGGCAUCUUAUACUGCAACUCCUGCAGCCCCAUAGCUGUCAACUUUCAGAUUUGAAAAUUAAGGGAUCAGCACCCUCAAAAAUAAGGGAUCAGCAGCCUCACCUGUCCUGGGGACAGUCUACAGGAUAUCUAACAAUCCGGGAUUAGCAGCGGGAAGCAGCGGGAAACGGUGCUGGAAUAAGGGAAUUUCCCGCAAAAAAAGGGAAGGUUGACAGCUAUGUGCAGCCCAAAUGGUGCCAAACAUAUUGCUCUGCUUUCCUUUGGACCACAUCAGUGAGGCCAAGACGUGUCUUGUCAUAUGGGCAGCCCAGGUCCUCCAGACACACUGCCCAGGCUUGCACUCCAGAGAAGUCACUUUGAAGCUGCUUAUGCAGCAUUUUGGCUUCACCCCUAGAAGCGCACUGCAUUGUCUCUCGAGACAGAUGAAUGCCAACAACAACAAAGUGUGAUAAAAUGGUGCCCACUGCUAAGGUUAUAUAGUGAAUGUGUGCUGAAACCCUGCCCUUUUAAAAAAGAUGGGAAAAUGGAAUAAAAACUCUAAGUGCAUCUGCAGCUGCUGAAAUUAUGUUCUUUUUCUGUUCUGAAAAGUGCCAGACUUUUCUGUGGUCUUAAAAAAGGUGGAAGAACCCCAGGGAGAAUACGGUCUGCUUAUGAUCAGAUUAUGGUGUUGUGUGGAUGCCCCAUUAAAAGUGAACAAAGCAUGGCAAUUCCACAUUAAAUGCCAAGUGUGGAUGCACCCUGUGACUAGGAGAAACUGCAUGCAAAUUAUUUUCUAUUUGGUUGUUUUGUUUUUGCAUUUUAGAGAAAUGUCCUUCACCCUUCAGAAUAAGAGCUUAUCAGUUGCUCCACAAACUAAUAAUUAUGUGGGACUCACCAAGAGAUGUACUACAGUAUGAACUUCAAUACAAGGAAGAAAUGCAAGCAACCUCAUCCUGGAUAUCAGUAUGUAAAUCAAUAAGAUCUGUAUUAGAAAGCUUCUUAUGGGCCAAUAUGGGCUGCCAUAUGUCUGGAUUUUCCCACACAUUACCAGGAUUUCAACAACUUUCGUGUUUUCUUUUUAAAAAGUGCAACAAUUUGGGGGUCUUCCAUAAAAAAGUCAACAACUUUCUGGGUGUCCUGGUUUUUACUUUUUGAAAUAUGGCAACCCUAUUCUUGUGGGCAUCUAGUUUGGCCACUGUGAGAACAGAAUACUGGACUAAAUAGGCCUUUGGCCAGAUCCUACACAACUCUUCUUUUGUUCUUCAUCAGAAAAAUCUUAGCACUGACUUCCCCCUGAGUUUCUGCUGCACUUUCAACGUUGCCGAAUUCAAAUGUUGCAGUGGCUUUCUUACUUUAUCUUCCUUUUACUGUUCCUACUGCUCAUGUUUCAGUGGUUAAAUUCAGGUGUCAAAUUUAUGAUGCAGAUUAAGCUGGCCUUUUGUACAAACUGUGUCAGUUUUUUAUUUUGCUCAAUUAUUGCUUUGGUUGCUGGAUUUGCAACUAAUUCUUACAGUGCCUUUGAUAUGCCUCCAGCUGCAUAGGGAUUAAUUGAAGGGUUUGGGUACUCCUCUCUAAUGAAGGAAUUUAAGAAGAGGUUGAAAAGCAUGUGUAGAGUUAUUCAGCCUGGAUUUCAUAACCUCGGACAUCUACUUCCUAUCCCAUUGACACUGCCCUGCUAAACACUGAUUGCCAUUUUAAUUAAGGCACCUGGCCUUUGGGAAGAACUCCAGCGGAUAAUCUGAGAAUUAUUAAUUGUACUUAUUUGCAGGUUCCUAUAGAGAAUGGGAUCUUUAAUGCAACUAUCUUCAGCGUAAAUAUAUCAUCAUCAUAUGUUGCUCGCCUCAGAUGUAAACCCCCUGGUAAAAGUUGUUCUGUUUGUGCUUGGAAUGAAGAAAUUAUGAUCCCACAUAGUAAGUGCCAUGCAUAUUAAUUUAAUCAUGGGUGUAUUUCAGUUGUUUGGCUUUGUUUAAGAAUGAAAUUCUGACUGUAAAUAUGCUUCUGGGUUUAAAUUUCCCAUGUUGUUAUUUACCAGAGCUUACUGAAAAGCCAACCAUUGUGGAAAAUGCAACUGAAAAGAUAGCACAAGGAAAAAUAAGUAUCUUUCUUAAAUGGAAGGUAAUGUAUUAUAUUUUUAUGCUACUCUUCUUCCUUGGAGCUCAGGCAAAGCCCCAUCCACUUAUAUCCUUACAGCGAUCCUAUCAGCUAGAAUAGACGCGGUGUUGAGUAGCUCAGAGUCAGCCAGGGAACAUACCGUAUUUUUUGCUCUAUAAGACUCACUUUUUCCCUCCUAAAAAGUAAGGGGAAAUGUGUGUGUGUCUUAUGGAGUGAAUGCAGGCUGCACAGCUAUCCCAGAAGCCAGAACAGCAAGAGGGAUUGCUGCUUUCACUGUGUAGCGAUCCCUCUUGCUGUUCUGGCUUCUGAGAUUCAGAAUAUUUUUUUUCUUGUUUUCCUCCUCCAAAAACUAGGUGCGUCUUGUGGUCUGGUGCAUCUUAUAGAGCGAAAAAUAUGGUAAUUGCUCAGCAGAGAUUUUAACUCCACUUUCAAAAUUCUGUCUACUAUAUCAUAGGGUGUCUAGUUUGGACAUAUUUGAUAAGUAUGUUAAAUUUGUGAAACGAAUGUAAUUAACAAACAGCUACUCUGUACUGUGGCUACAUAAAUGACGAAGAGCCAGGUCAGAUGGAAUGAUCCAGUCCAACAAAUCAUCAUGUGCCUUGUCUCAGUACUUUCUGGUUUAUUUAACCAGUGUUUCCUGUGAUGUCUGAAUUAGAAAUCAGUUUGAGCAGUGCCGAGUAAGAUUGGUCAAACUACAGUUUCCUAGUUUGGAUAUUGGGAAACUGGUUCAACAGACCAGGGUGUAUUGAGUUAAGGCUUGAGAGAAGGGAAUGAAGGCAUCCAGAGGACUGCAUAGGCACACGGUUGGUUGGUUGGUUGGUUGGUUGGUCAACAAACAUUGCAUCUGAACCAAGCCAUAGUAAUAGUCAGUAAUAAUGAAGGCUGUUGUGUGAUAUUUACAAAACAGACAAGAAAAUAUAUACAGAGAUAAAAUUGAUACUGGAAUUAUAUCUAUCAUCAAAAAUUUAUGCUUUUAUAAUUUAGUUUGGUAUGGAUUGCAGCUUUCACUGUGCCUGCAAUAUUUCAUGUCAUUUUAUUUCUGGUGCAUAAUAACUGUUUAAUGUUCAUCUUUGCUUAUAUUAGACAACACAAAGCAGGAAUACCAUUGGUUACAAUAUAAGCGUCGAAAGAAUACCCCACUAUUGCCACCACAUACGGACACACCUCAACAUAACAGAGAACUGGGUGCAUCUGAAUCUCUCCAUGGCUUAUUACAGAAUCAAAAUCUUUGCCUACAAUGAAGCAGGAGAAUCCCCUCCGCUAACAUACCUGGUUCCAGAUUUCACUGCAAAAGCUACGGGUAGAGUAUUUUUCUGUCAAGAAGAAUGCAUAAAGAAAAUAUGGUGAAGGACCAAACUUCCCUUUUUUGAGUUUUGAGGCAGCAUAAGUGGAAUUCAAUCAAUGUGUUUGCUUGUUACACUAUUUCUAUCCGACUUACGUAUCUGUCUGAACUCACUAAGGACACAAUGCAGGGCUGGUUUCAGUGUGCUUAAGCCCAUUUGAAGCAGCAGCUUGAGGGCACUUAAUUGUGCCAAUUGUGGACAUCAUGUCAUGCUGAAACUGUAAGAUGAAAUACAGUGGUGCCUCGCAAGACGAAAUUAAUUCGUUCCGCAAGUCUCUUCGUCUUGCGAGUUUUUCGUCUUGCGAUGCACGGUUUCCCAUAGGAAUGCAUUGAAAAUCAAUUAAUGCGUUCCUAGGGAAACCGCCUUCAGACCAGGUCCGGGGACAGUCUGUCCCCGGACCUCUUCUGAAGGCUGGGGGCAAGGGCUUUUCUUCCCACCCCCAGCAUUUUAAAACCCCGGGACAGCGGAGGACUUCUCCGCUGUCCGGGCGAUCUUAAAAUGCUGGCGGGCGGCAUUUAAAAUCACCCCGGGACAGCGGAGGACUUCUCCGCUGUCCGGGGCAAUUUAAAAGCCCCUGGGAAGGCAGGCAGGGGGACAAGACUUUUGCCCUCGCCAGCCUUCAGAAGAGGUCCUGGACCUCUUCUGAAGGCGGGGGGGCGAAAGUCUUUGCUCCCCCCGCCUUCAAAAGCCCUCCGGGACAGGCAGGCAGGGGGGAGCAAAGACUUUCGCCCCCGCCCGCCUUCAGAAGGUCUUCCUCCCCCCGCCCGGCUUCGGAGCACCGUUCCGAGCCGGGCGGCGGCGGAGGUCUUCCCUCCCCCGCCCGGCUUCGGAGCACCGUUCCGAGCCGGGCGGCGGCGGAGGUGUUCCCUCCCCCGCCCGGCUUCGGAGCACCGGUCCGACGCCGGGCGGCGGGGGGAGGUCGUCCCUCCCCACCGCCCGGCUUCGGAGCACCGUUCCGAAGCCGGGCAGAGGCGGGAGGUCUUCCCUCCCCCCCCGCCCGGCUUCGGAGCACCGUUCCGAAGCCGGGCGGCGGCGGCAGGUGUUCCCUCCCCCCCGCCGGCUUCGGAGCACCGUUCCGAGCCGGGCGGCGGCGGAGGUGUUCCCUCCCCGCCCGGCUCGGAGCACCGUUCCGAGCCGGGCGGCGGCGGCAGGUGUUCCCUCCCCCGCCCGGCUCGGAGGAGCCUUCCGAGCCCGGCGGCGGCGGGAGGAGGUGUCCCCGCCCCGCCGCCAGGCUUCGGAGGAGGUCCGAGGACAGUGGGGAAGACGCGCUGCGCUUCCCCGCUGUCCCUGAGAUUUCCUAUGGGCUGUCGUCGUGCGAAGCAAGCCCAUAGGGAAAUUCGUUUUGCGAAGCGCCUCCAAAACGGAAAACCCUUUCGUCUAGCGGGUUUUCCGUCUUGCGAGGCGUUCGUCUUGCGGGGUACCACUGUAGUGUUUACAUGCCAGUGGACUCCCAAGUACAUGUGUCAGAAUGCCCGUCCAAGAGGGUGUUGGGUUUUCUUAACGCUCUGUUAUUUUUAAUAGUUCCCUUUCCCAUUGCAGAUUUACGUGGCCAGUUCAACCUUUCAAAUCAGCAAAAUUAUUCUGUUAUCACCUGGGAUCUAAAACACAGUUCAGAUUGCAUUGUGAUCGACUGGGGCACUGGAUUAGAAGACAUGAAGAUUCAUGUUUCUACUUGGAAAAAUGAGAUACGACUAGGUAUUAAAUUCAAUUUCUAUAAAACUGACAAGCAGGUUUCAUUGUUUGCUUCUAGACACUUAAAAUAAUCAGACAUAAAUAAUCUGUUAACUACUUCACUUGGGUUCUGAUCAUGUUGAACAGUUCAUGAACCAGGAUAACAACGUAGGAGGGGCCAUUCUGGAUCAGACCAGAGACCCAUUUUGUUCUCACAGGUGGCUAUGGGACAGACAUGAGCAGAAUAGCAUUCUCAGACAUAUUCCCCAGCAUCUUGUUUUAAGAGGCACUGUACGGCUGACACUUACAUAGACAUAAUAACUUUGCCAACCUUAUCCUCUGUUUCAUGGUAGCAAAUUCCAUAGUUUAACUGUGUGUUUUGUAAAAUACUUUUCAUCUGACCUGAAUGGUCAACCACUCAGCUUUGUUGGAAAACCCCAGAUUCUAGUAUUAGGAGAGACAAACUUCUCCUUAUCCACUUCCUUCAUAUUCUCAGUGUGUGUCUACAUUUGCACUAGCAGUGCACUGUGCUGUGCAGUACAGUGUGAUUAAGCCCAUUGAAAGCAAACAUUUAUGGCCUUGGAAACCUGCUUUGACAUGUGGAUCUCCUUUCCUGGACUAUUUAUAAUUUGAUCAGCAGAUCUUAUUUUCAAAAUUGCUAGCUAUCUUUUAACCAAGACGACCAGGGCAUUAUAAUACAACCAGAAACACAAGCACUGUCAGAGCCAUCUGUCAAGCAAGCCCAAACAGACUUUGCAGGAUUUCAGAUUUCCAGCAAAUUUUGUAGGUGUAGAAACAAGUUUUCAAACAGAACUGGACAAUAGAAAGCAAGUGCAGUUGCUGUGCAUCUUCUGUUUCUGUGAAGCUUGCACUGAAAUCCUGCAUAGUAUUGGAUGAAAUAUGCCAUGCCAAAGCCAAAGGCACAAACCUCAAUGAAUCCAGAGGAUAUCCAGUCACUAUUCACUUUUGUUUUCUUUCUUGCUCUGUCCUGCUUUCCCUUUUCAUCAUCCCAGCCACUAACAACGAAUUCCAGUUUCAGAAAAAAGUACCAUCAAUAGUGGUUAGAUGAAAAGCAACAGAUAUAUCAAAAACCCCACACUGUGCCUGCUCAUUAGCAAGCCAUGGGGGAAAGAUUUAUACAUUUCAGACACAGCAGAACAACAAUAUACAUAGAUGAGAAGAUUCCCUUUGCCCACAGCUACCUAGUGCCAUGAAGUGUACUUACUGUCCUGUCACAGGCUAGAUAGCUUUUCCUCAUCUUCCUGAAAAUGUGUCCUUGCAAAGCCCAAUAAUAAUUCCUUAGCUUGUUAUACGAAGACCAUCUGAUUUAUGUGCAAAGAACCUCUAAUUCAGGGACGUUUUGCAGCACUCUCUUUCUGCAUAUUGAUAGGGAUCGCACAGGUGAUUCUAGCAAACAGAUCAAUCGGGAUUAGCCGUAAUGUACCUUGGAAGGCAUCUGAUCUGAGGUUGCCAUCAAUUAUUCAUCCCCUGUUUUCCUUGACCUUCUUUUAUUACAUGUUCAUCCCCUUCAGGUUGCUUUUUUUAAAGCUUCCGGAACAAGAAAAAUCCAUACUUGAACCAUCAGGAGUAAAGUCAUUUUCGUUUCCCCACAGCAUCUCAACCUUGUAGAUGUAGCAAGCUUAGCAUAUUUUGAAAAGCAAGGCCAUCUGCUAUAUAAUGCCGUCUGAUUUAAACAAUUGAACACUUGCAUUAUCUGAAGGUGGAUGGGAAUGCACGUAUAUCCAACAAAUUCAUGUGCACGGUCUUCUUAGAUUCCUGGGUUUCAGGUGUACGUGUGGCAGAAUUAUGUUAUGAAUUAUACAUUUGCAAGUGGCAAUGUCUGUGUCUACCAUCUAGAUGGCCUCCAAUCGUAUAAGUUAUAUAAAGUAACAUUUCAUGCAUUUGACUGUCAGUGUGAGGAUUUCAUGAAACGUGAAUGGACGCUGGCCAGGACUUACUUCUAUGCAGUGGAAGGAGGUAUAUCUUCAUAUUUUUCUAAUAUAAUUUCUUCUUGUUUCUAUUCCAACUUUUAAUAAGUACUCAUAAGGGUUGUACUGCAAUGAGUAGACACUAACCUAAGGCAGGGGUAACCAACAUGUUGCCCUCCAGAUGUUGUGGACUACAACUCCCAUCACCCAUGACCAUUGGCCAUGUUGGCUGGGUCUUGUGGGAACUGUAGUCCAAAACACCUGGAGAGGGCCAUGUUAACUAUCCUGAUGUAAGUGUAUACUCCACACUAUAAUGGACUUGUUUGGGGCAUUUGAUGAAGUUAGUUCCCCAAUUUAAUCAUUAUUUAAUAAUUCAAUUAUUAUUCAAUUAUUUUAUUUAUAUCCCCCCCCCCACAUUUCCAUAAAACAUUAUUCUGCUCUAUUCUUUUUCAAACAUUCUGAUAUUCCUUCAGUUCUGCUGCAUCAGAACUCUGGCAGGAAUUUUGGAAUGUUGGAAUGGGAGUUUGCAUAUGCUUUCUCACUAUGAAUAAGUGUGGACAUCACAAUAAAUCAUGGUUUAUUGUUGCAUGAUUUGGACAUAGUGGUGGACUGCAUGUUGGCCAGUAAACUGAGCUUGAACCCUGGGGAAAUGCAGGCGCUGUGGGUGGGUGGCUCCCAUGUCUAGAAGAUGGGCCAGUCAGCUGUUCUGAACUGGGUUGCGCUCCCUCUGAAAGAGUAUGUUCAUAAUUUGGGGAUGCCCCUGGAGACACCUUCAACACUGGAGGCCCAGGUAACCUCAGUGGCUAGGAGUGCCUUUUACUACCCACUGCUGGGAUACCAACUAUGGCCAUUCUUGCACAGAGAUAGUCUGACCACUGUAAUUCAUGCAUUUGGGGCAGACCAAAGCCUUGGUGACCACCAGUCAGUGGGUAAGCCCAAGAGGGCAGAAAAUGCAUAAAACUAGCUGAGGAAAGUUAGUUUGGGAGAAAAAAAACACCCUCAACUAAUUUGGAGACUCUCUUUUAAGUUCCCAAAAAAGGUCCAGCUAAUGUAACCGUUCCAGUUGUGACGAAGCAGUCAGCUGUUGUGAAAUGGGAUGCCAUACCUACAGAAGAGUGCUUAGGAUUCCUUCUGGGUUACAGAAUUCGCUACACCGAAAUCUUGAAAAACCUCUCUGUGGGUAGGUCACUUUGUUGACUGGACGUUAUCAUUGAAAGAUUCGUCAUCUAGUUCACACUCAACGGCAGCAUUUUGUUUCUAAAUUGAAAAACGUCGGAGGAAAUUGCACGUGGCUGUGGCUGAUGGGAGUUGUAGUCCAAUAAUAUCUGAAGGAUGACAACUUUCCCAUCACUGGAUCAGAGUAAAAAAAUGCCAAAACUGAUAUAAUUUCAGUCACCAAGACUCCUUUAUCUAUCAACAACAACACAUUUACCGUGGCAUCUUUGAAUGCUCAAAGCACUUCCUCUAUUUCUUCAGAGAAAUGUCACAACAAUCCUGUAAAGCAGAUCAUGUACUCUCAUUUCCAUAUUGCAGAUGCAGAGUUGAGGCUGAGAGAGCGUGGCUUUCCUAAGGUUCCCUGCUGAGUUCAUGGCAGGGACAACAAGAUCCAUACUGAGAACGUUCUUUCUCCGAUAGUCAGAACAACUAACUAUUAUAGAAAGUGUUUAAUUGCAGAAGCCUGGUGGGAAAGAAGUGCUUUCAGCAAAUGUUUAAAGGUCAACAUAGAAGGUGCCUAAUGAAUUUCUAUUGGAAGAGCAUUCAACAGGGCUUGGUCUAUGAUGCUAAAGGCUCAGUUCAUGUCUAUCUCAAAUGAGCCUCACCAACACAUGAGAAAAACCAGUGAUGCUCCUACAGAUGAUCUCAGUGCCUGAACUGGGAUAUAUUCUGUAUAUAUCUAUACAGAGGUAUCGAAAUCUUAUAUUGGUCUCAUGCUCUGUCAUAGCAUUUUGAUUUCCCCCCUCUUGUGUUGCAGCUGUUACUGUCGGUCCUUCAACUCAGCAGUACCUCAUGACGGGACUUACGGCAAAAACUCUUUAUAGAGUGCAGACCUCAGGACUCACCAGUAAGGGAGAAGGAGCUCAAAGCCAGCCACAAAUUUUUACUACCCUGAAAUACGGUAUUGCAAAGCUUUUAAGAAUUUAUUUUUAUUUUUCAGUAUAAAUAUUGCCGGGAUGGAUAAGUGUCAAACAAUUAAAGCAGUAGGUGGCAUCUAAUCCCACUUCCUCUCAUGAAUACUGGGGCACCCCAUUUUUGCUGAGCACUUAAGCUCUCUGCCCCAUUCCCAAAGCAACUCCCAAGGACUGAGAUUACCUCUGUAGCAGAUUAGGAUGUGGCGCAGAGGGCUGGUGGGGGUGGGGGUGUCAGCAGAACAAAUAGGUGUCCCCAUAUAACAUAAGCAGAAAUGUCACUCACCUCAGCCUAGAUGACCAUUGGAGUAGUCAGUCCUUCCAUUUCUACCUGAAUUAUUUGUAUGGGAAAGUACUGCAUUUAUUUAUGCAUUCCUAUUAGUAUAUACAGUGGUACCUCAGGUUACAUACGCUUCAGGUUACAUAUGCUUCAGGUUACAGACUCCACUAACCCAGAAAUAGUACCUCGGGUUAAGAACUUCGCUUCAGGAUAAGAACAGAAAUCGCACGACAACGGCACGGCAGCAGCAGCAGCGGGAGGCCCCAUUAGCUAAAGUGGUGCUUCAGGUUAAGAACAGUUUCAGGUUAAGAACAGACCUCCGGAAUGAAUUAAGUACUUAACCCGAGGUACCACUGUACCCUCAAUUUUAGCCUGGAGGGAAUAAGAGCUGCACCCAUUUGAUUUUUAGCCAUGCAAACAUAAACAAGAGUCAGGCAGGUGUGGUCAUAAUAAGCGUAAGCCCCCAUUCAGCACAAAUGGAUCCCUGGGAAAGUAUUUCUUCUUCAUUUUUAAUUGACUAGGACACAAUAUGAGAUGGAAAGGAAUAGGCAUUUAUGCUGACAGAGGGAAGUUGACCCUGAAAAGCUUUCUAGCUAGGGGACAUAUUUAUAAUCUCCUCUGUUUCCACUGUUCAGGCUGUGAGUUCCGUUACUUCUGUAUCCAAAAAUAGCAUUGCACACAAGAGAGAGCGAUCAGCAAGUCUGGGGGAAUCCAAAGGGAGAGACCCCCCCAAAACAGCCCAGUAAAAACUGGGUGUGUGCAGAGGCCAAAGGAGGCUGGCUGUUGGUGGGGAGGGGAAGAGAGUGGGGUAGCUAGAACACUGAACAAAAGCACUUCAUCCUGCAAAAUUUAGCUUGACAUCUCUCUAGAGGCCUCCUUAAUUGUAAAGGAGGUUCCAUUAGCCCUCUGUGCAAAUGGUUUGAUUGUCAAAUGAUCUUUGUUAAGCUGUUUUCCAAUACGUAACCUAAACGAGUGUUCUGAACAUUCCAAUCAUCAGAUCCUGGGGAGUUUGAAGGAAGUGUGGCUGGCCUCUGUCUUGGCCUCAUGGUGACCAUGGCUGCCAUUGCCAUGCUUUGUUCCCUGAUACUUAAAAGGUAAGAGAUUUUCCUUGCCUUGCAUAUUUUCAUCCAGCCUAUAUUACUUAUUAAGCACAAGUAAGCAACAUGGUUAAAGCCAAUAUUGUCUGGUGGUUAGAGAGUUGGAGCGGGUCUUCCAGGGAGUCAUCUACUAAACCUCUGUCAGUUCACUCUCAUUAUGUUUCCCUUCUAUGAAACCACCCUGAGAUCUAUGGGUAUAAGGCAAUAUACAAAUUUAAUAAAUAGAUUUUAAAAAAACAGAAUACUGACCAAAAAGUAACAGUGACCUACAAUACAGGAUUGUUUGUGAGAAAUAUAAAGGCUCUAAAGCACUUGGCAUUAGCAAAUUAUAAACUACCUAUUCCUUAAGGCCAUGAAAUGUGCAAGUUUAUCCAUGAAAAUCACCAUACUGUGACAGAUAGGAGUAAAUUAUUUGCUGAGAACAACUUUUGGUCUGGAGAUUCAGGUCUGAAAAAGCAAAUCGUCUGAUGCGUUUAAAAUGUUUUUUAAAAAAAAAUACUGAAAGCUUUUUUUUUAAAAAAUGAACAUUUAAAUAACAUUUAGAAUAAAUACAUGCCCAAGGGACGGGCUUAUUAACUGAGUGUGGUUUUAAUCUGUUUUACUAUUUUAACUAUUGCAUGUUUUGAAGUAUGGUUGUGUUUCCCCUGCCUCAGUUUAUGAAAUAAAUAAAUAAAAUAAUAGUUCCCAGGAUCUUUGCACUUUUUGGCUGGAACACCGGAAAUCAGAAGGUUUUACUCCUUAGUGAACAAUAGAGAAGAUAACUGCCUGCCUUUUUUAAAUGUGUGUAACUCUGUAAAGAAAAGAGCUAUAAUAUAUAAAGAGAAGGGUGCAGUCUUGGGGAGCAUUAUAGGAAACAGCAGGCCCAGCUCUUUGUGGGUGGAAAAGGCAAUCCUUGGGUAGGGGUGGUCCGUUCUCCUCACUGCCCUUUACCAUACCAUACUAUGGCUGGUCAGGGGAGGAUUUGAUUCUGCUGAACCCAAAGCCCCCUUCUUCCCUGGACACCAUACUCUCUCCCUUUAUUUUUUAAACUUUUUAGAUGGAAAAAGCAAAGAGGGAUAGGAAGCUAAAAAGCCACUAGAGCUUAGGAAGGAGCAAUAACCCCAUCAUGGAUCCUCUCCCUCAUCUCAUAGGAUUUUUCUGCCUGACAAGGAGAAUAUUCCUUUGUUCUGAGUGAUUAUUUGGGAAUUACUCUGUGUUUUCUCCUUCAAGCUUAAGAAUUGUGUUUUCCUGUUCCCUUUGGGUUUCUUUUCCAAAACCCACCCACCACAUAAAUGGUUACCAAAAGCAGUUAAAACUGCCCUUGGCACUUGGUCUUUCAGCUGUUCACCAUACAAAAAUCCUGGUACAAAUGUUGCAGAAAGGCUGUUGUUGACCCCAUUUCUGCCAACUCGGUCCCCUUUCUUUCAAACAUUUCUAAACUGCCUUUCAUCAAAAAUCCCAGAGUGGUUUACAGUUCGUAAAUACCAACACAAUGAAAACAAUUAAUUAGACUUUAACACAGUAAAAACAGUAGCCAAGCAACAGGGUGUAUUGAUGACCAGCAAAGACGCAGGUGAACGUUAAGUAUCUGACCAAUAUAGACGUCAGAAUGGAGCUUGGGCAACUUUUAAGAUGUUAAUAAAUGACUAUGCUCUAACAAGCUUAAACAAAAAUUGUCCUUGCAGAUCAAGAAAGCUAUGUUGGCCAGCUGUACCAAAUCCAAAAUAUAGCGCUGCUCUGCUGAGUAUGGAGAGAACCACACCAGUGGUAUGCAAAUACUGUUUUGAAGCGUUACAUUACCAUUUGUUACUACCUGCUUCUCUGUAUAUGCUUCUGUUAUAGAUAAGGUAAAAAGGUAAAAAAGAAAAGAAAAAAGAGGUUGCUAAGAGCCAGUGCGGUGUAGUGGUUAAAGAGCGGUAGUCUCGUAAUCUGGUGAACCGGGUUCGCGUCUCCGCUCCUCCACAUGCAGCUGCUGGGUGACCUUGGGCUUGUCACACUUCUUUGAAGUCUCUCAGCCCCACUCACCUCACAGAGUGUUUGUUGUGGGGGAGGAAGGGAAAGGAGAAUAUUAGCCGCUUUGAGACUCCUUAGCGUAGUGAUAAAGCGGGAUAUCAAAUCCAAACUCUUCUAUUAAAACCAGAGUUAUAAUGCAAUCAAGCAUCAGACAAGUGCGACAUCUGCUUUUAGAGAUAGCAUGUCUCUAAACACUAGUUGCUAGGGAUCUCUGCCCACUGAAUUGGCUUCCUAUAGGGACCUUUUUUAUUUCUGGAUCAUAAAUUUGAUUUUCCCAUGCAGUCACCUACAGGGCUACACACACAGAAAGGCUAUAAUAAAUGCAGGAAAAUACUAGCAUGCUGGGGUCAUUUUCACAUAAGGGUUGAUUCCUAACCCAUGCACCAUUGCCCAAAACAAUUAUAGCUGAACUAUUCAUUUGCAGCUUUUUAUCUGCUGAGUUUAUUUAAUCGGUGUAUAAAAGCCUACAUUUUUUUAAAGAAAAAUGGUAUAUGUUUUCUAUUGCACUUUGACAUCUGAUUUUAUGCAAACACUGCAAGUUAAAAUGUUUCUAGCCAGCUCUGCUGUACUGUUUUUAAUACUUGAUUGGGAGCCGCCCAGAGUGGCUGGGGAAACUCAGCCAGAUGGGCGGGGUAUAAACAAUCAAUUAAUUAUUAUUAUUAUUAUUAUUAUUAUUAUUAUUUAUUAUUAUAGGCCAACAAGAAAUGGAAGGCAAAACCUAGGCUGCAUUGAAGGGGACAAUGGAAGAUUAAUUCAGUUUGCUUAAUAUAGUAUUGUCAGAGCUGGCUCCAGGUCCCAGCUCACAGAGGACCAACGCUAGCCGGCAGUAAUGUACAAAAGUCUUUAUUGAAGUACAGUUUCCAUUUUCAAGCCGCAGCGCCCCAGCUCUACGUCUAGGGGUUAGAUCGGCGAAGCUCCAUCUGAGUCUCCGACCCCUGUACACCAGUUUAAGAUUCUAGCCUUACUCCACCUCUUACGUCUCUCCUUUCUCCUCUGGGUCCUGCUACCCCCCGGGGUCCCUUCCUUCCUGGAUUCUUCUGACGCUGACCCCCUUGACUCCUCCCCCUCUUUUCGGCGGGCUUUGGGACCUGGCUCCCUAUCCGGGCUGCCAACUGCGCCGCCCUCCUGUACAUUUGAACUUUGCGCGCGCGCCCAGCCUUCAACCUUCCUCUCGACCGUUUCCUCGCUCCCCGAUGGAGGCGUGGCCAAUCCUGACUCAUGUCCUCCCACUGGCAGUGCGCCGCCUGAUCCCGAUGCCUGGGACCCCUCCCCCCUACUGCACUCUGGUGUGGACGCUGGUCCUGAUUUCCAACUGCUGCUCUCUGAGUCCCCUCUGGCCCCUUCUUCCUGGGGUGUCCCCUCGGCACCCCCUUGCUCUGACCAAGGGAGCCCCUUUCUGUGAAUCUUCCGAUUCGCUGGAAAGACUCAGAGACCUCGGACCGCUGUCAUCGCUAACAUUUCCUUCGGACUCCUCCCCCUCGCUCUCUAUUUCCUCCCUUUCCUGUGCCUCUGCUCCUGAACCCCUGACAAGUAUAUAGGGAGUGAAUGAGCUCACUUAGUCCCUACUGGAAAAUUCUGUUAUGUAUGGGUGAAUGAUAUAACCCAGGGGUCAGCAAACCUUUUCAGCAGGGGGCCAGUCAACUGUCCCUAAGAACUUGUGCGGGGCCAGACUAUAUUUUGAAGGGAAAAAAUGAACAAAUUCCUAUGCCCCACAAAUAACUCAGAGAUGCAUUUUAAAUAAAAGCACACAUUCUACUCAAGUAAAAACACGCUGAUUCCCGGACCAUCCGCGGGCCGGAUUUAGAAGGCGAUUGGGCUGGAUCCGGCCCCUGGGCCUUAGUUUGCCUACCCAUGGUAUAACCAUAUAAGAGUAAUACCAGUAGGUAGUCAGGUCAUUUUCAUCAUAUGAAAAUGCUUUUCAUUAAAUUUAAUUUUGAUAUGAAAGAAUUCAUUUACCAUUUAGUGCACUUUUCAACGGGGGUCAUAGUAAGGAACCAAACAAAACCGUAACAAGACUAUGCAUUGUCUUUAUGUUUCAACUGUGCAGGUUCUUCUGCGACCCAGUUUACAGACUCCGUCACAAGCAUAUAAUGAAGCCAAUGAGCUUUAUGUGGUAGAUGAUGAUUCAGAGACACUGUUAAGACAAGGAUCCCUUUCUUCAGGCACAGCUACAAUGGUUUCCACAGACCAUUCUGAAGCAGUCGCAAGGCAAAUACUGGACACUACUCUGAAACCUUUGAAAAUCCCUGACCAAGUCAGCAGCGGCGAGAAGGGAAAGGUUGGAGUUCACACUGAUUAUAUUGGUGUGGCUGUCAGUCAGAGAGCCAUGCAGAAGCUCUCAACACAUCUCCCCAAAGGAGCAGCCCACCUAGAGAGGACGUUGAUCAACAAUUCAAGGAGACAACCAGCAGCACACACUGCUCAAAAUCCUCUAAUGCUAAAUCAGGGGGUGCUUAGUCCAGCAACUUUGUCCUUAGAAAGCAGGUCAAAAUUUGAGCAAAAUCAUCAUGAACCACCUUGUUGA